CUUUGAGGUUAGAUUGGACUGGGUACGUUCAAAAUCAAAGCAAUUUGGACUAUUAAUAACACUCUAUUUUAUUUCUACGUUUAUAUUUAUUUCACUUUCGCUAUCGUAUCACAAGAGGUCGCUCAAACUGCAACGAGCGUAAACACAAGAGUCUUUACAUCUUUGUAAAUUUAUUUAUGACAAAAUUAAACACAUGUAUUUUCAAAUAUGACAAACUAAAAACAAGGUUAACCAAAAUGUCGACCCUGGAAUACUCUUCGAAGUUCUCAAUCACAUGCAAGAUUUGCCCCUACUUUACAACAUCACUUUUUCUAAUGUCAAACCACGUCGCACGUCACUCAUCACCGAAUCUUUUCAACUGCGAAAACACCCACAUUGAAUUAUAUCACUGCAAAGACUGCGACUUCCAAACAGACCUAACCCUACUUUUAAUCAAGCACGUCAAACGACACCACAGCUUCAAAAACGAAGACGUGGAAGACCCCAAAUACACAAUCCAAAACUACCUUUGUGAAAAAUGCAACUUCGAGACACACUUUUUGUUCAAGUGGAUCCAGCACUCAACCACGUGUCUGUCAAAACCAAAGCUCGAUAUGUGUUUAAAUCAAUACCACUGCAAACACUGUUCGUACACGACCACCAUAAGCCGAUAUUUGUCCCAACACAUCAAAAACAAGCACUUGAACGACCAAGACAUCAAGUGGCACGCGUGUGACCAAUGCCCAUACAAAGCUAAACACAAAAGUAGCUUGCGGUUUCACAUAAUCAACAAACACUUAAGCGAAGACGAAAUUCAGUGGUUUUACUGUGAGUAUUGUCCGUUUAAAGCUAAGGACCAGCGGUGGGUAAAAAGACACGUGAAAUCACACUUCACCACUAAAAUAUACGAAUGCAAAAAGUGUGUCUACAAAUGUAAAACGAAGCCGGAUUUACGCCAGCACACGAAACUGGAACAUUCCAAGAACACCGUGUAUAAAUGGCACAAAUGUGACCAGUGCCAGUUUCAAACCAAAACAAAAAAAGUUUUGAAGCAGCACAUAAUCAACAAACAUUUGAGUCAAGACUCGGACGACAUUACGUGGUAUGAAUGCAAAAAGUGCCCUUAUAGAGGUAAAGCGAAAGCCUAUUUUCAAAUGCACCAAAGAAUUGUGCAUGCCGACAGCCAGAACGUAAAGUUGUACAAGUGUGAUUUAUGUUCCUAUGAAACUAAGAUAAAAAGGUAUGUGCAACGACACAAAAAUAACGUGCAUUUAAGCGACGAUCAGAAAAAUAAAAAGUUGUAUGUGUGUGAAAAAUGUCCUUAUAGAGGUAGGCUGAAGGAGUAUUUACAAGCCCAUGAAAAAAUGGUGCACCCAGAUAAGGAUUUUAAGUGGUUUAAAUGCGACCAGUGCUCGUUUGAAACCAAGACGAAGGUGUGUUUGAAACGACACGUGGUUAACAAGCACGUCAAUGACAAGGAGAUCGAGUGGUUUGAAUGUGAUAAGUGUCCCUAUAGAGCUAAGUCUGGUGCGUACUUAAGGAAACACACGAAAAAUAAACAUUUAAGUGACAAGUCGUAACACAUUCUACUGUAUUAUAUUAAAAUUGUAAUUGAAAAUUAAAAACUCAAAUUUCAAAAAUAA